AUGGUCGGGGAUUAUAAAGUGCGAGGGAUCCGGGCUCUAGUAUCAACAUUGUUACUGAAAAAGGAUCGACAGUUUCAUGCCAUGGCGACGCCAUUAUCUCCAUCCGAACAUACAGCUACCAUCAAGUCCCGGCGCGUGCUGGCCUGCGUGCUGUGUCAGCAACGCAAGGUCAAGUGUGAUCGUACAUUCCCUUGCGCUAACUGUAUACGUGCCGGCGAGCAGUGUCAGCAAGCAACCCGCCAGCGACGCCGGAGGUUUGCUGAGAGAGACCUGCUGGCGCGCCUGCGGCAUUACGAGAGCCUGCUUCGCCAGAAUAACAUCAGGUUCGAUCCUCUCCACACGGCUACUACAGAUCGUAGGUCUCCAAACGCGGAUGAGCAAGAUGAAAUUUCGGAGGCUGUUCAGUCGGAAGGUACUAUCCCUAAUAGUGAUUCUCGUCCAUUGAAAGAAAAGAAAGCAGUCAAGUCUAAAUCACUGAAUAUUUGGCAUGCCAUGAGCCAAAAGAACGUAGAUCCCAAGGAAAACGAUGGAAAUGACGACGAAGAUGAUGAAAAUGGCACAGGGUUCUUGCACGACAACGAUGAUAUCCGCCACGCCGUGAUCAAGAAAGCAUGGAACCAUAUGUUUCAAAGCAAAACCAACGACCACCUGUUAUUCGGUUCACCGGUGGGAAACAUAGACGACCUCUCUGCCUCGCAUCCGACCCAGGUACAGAUCUUCAGGCUCUGGCAGAUCUACUUGGACAACGUCAAUCCUCUUCUCAAAGUCACUCACACACCCACACUUCAAACACAUAUCAUCGAUGCUGCUAGCGAUAUCGCCAACGUUAAUCCCGAGUUGGAAGCAUUAAUGUUCAGUAUCUACUGUGUCUCCAUUCUAAGUCUUACAGACGAUCAAUGCAAUACUUUGUUCGGGUGGCCCAAAAAGGAUCUCUUGACAGCUUAUCAGUCUGCAUGCCAGCAAGCGUUACGGAGUUGUCGUAUUCUACGAUCCAGUGACCGAGAGUGCUUGACCGCUCUAUAUCUGUACCUGGUGUCAAUCAGACCUGAAACGGACCCCGCGUCUCUCUCAUCAAUGCUUAGCGUUGCGAUACGAAUCGCGCAGCGGAUAGGUAUUCACGAUGAGUCAACAUACGGUAGAUGUUCCGCUUUAGAGGCGGAGAUGCGCCGGAGACUGUGGUGGUCGCUCAUCAUCUUUGAUAAUCGCAUCUGCGAAAUGUCCGAUUAUAAGACCGCGUCGCUAGCUCCUACCUGGGACUGCCGUGCUCCUCUAAAUGUGAGUGAUUUUGAACUUCAACCAGAUAUCAAAACCGCACCGAAAACAAACGACAGACCAACAGAGAUGCUCUUUGCUGUUGUGCGCAGUGAGCUCGCCGACUUUGUCCGUCAUAGUGCCUUCCACCUGGAUUUCACCAAUCCAUAUUUGAACACAAUCUCCCCUCGGUCAACCACCACAGACGAGGCGGAACAACUUAUGGCACUGGAGAAUAAGAUCGAGGAGACACACUUGGCAUUAUGCAAUCCAGAAAACCCACUACACUUCAUGACGAUCUGGACAAUGCGAGGCUACCUAGCAAAGAAUCGUCUCCUGCAACACUACUCCCGAUACUCAACGGCCUACAUGCAGCAGACAGAUACACAACGCAACGUCGGGAUUUCCCACGCGCUGCGCAUGCUAGAGUGCGAUACCAACCUCAUGACGUCACCUCUCACCAAAGGAUACUUGUGGCUUGUGCAAUUCCAGUUCCCCUUCCCCGCGUACAUUCACCUGCUGCAGAAUUUGAAGAAGAGGCCACUACAGGAGCACGCAGACCAAGCGUGGGAGGUCAUGAGCAACAACUACGAGGUCCGUAUGAUGGAUGCUAAGGAGAACGACCGCCCCUUUUUCAUCGUCUUCUCUCGGAUUGUGUUGCAAGCGUGGGAGGCGCGUGAACGGGUAGCCAAACAACAAAAGACUCCUCUGAUACCACCACUGGUUGUGUCGGAUAUUCGCAACAAAGUGAUGCAGAUGAUGUCAAAUUUCGGACAGUAUUCAGACCCGAUGCAGCCCAUUGGUACCUCGAGUGUCAAUGUGGAAACCCUUUCAAUGCCUAUCCAGAUGGAUUACAAUGUGCCUGAUAUGGGGUAUUGUGAUUGGGGGCCGGUGCCUCAGAGUUUGGGACCGUGGGGAUAUCCUGAGAUGCUUGGUCCGAGCUCCAUGGAGGUGGAUACCAAUCAGUUUAUUUUGAACACGAUGGAGUGGAAUAAGCUACAUGCACAAAGUAGGUGA